AUGGCUGAACACAAUAGCAUAGACAACCUGGGCGACAUGGCCGUUGUGAUUGACCCUGGUUCUGCCUACACCAAGGCUGGCUUCUCUGGAGACGAGAGGCCGCGGGCUGUUGUACGCUCGACCGCAGGACGCUCUGCGUACCGACCCGACGAGAGCGGCCGGGUCGGGGGCUUCAGAGGGAGCAGCGCGGCGGCGGACCCUCCAGGCCCCGGGGCCCCUUCCUCUCACAGCGCGCUGGGUGACGGCCUGAUCACUGACUGGGAUGCGCUGGAGCAGCUGUGGAGCGCGCUGCUGCAGGAGGAGCUGCACGUGUGCCCCCAGGAGCACGCCGUCCUGGCCACGGACUCCCCCCUAGCCCCCCCUGCCCAGCGCCAGCGCCUGGCCGAGCUGCUGUUCGAGCAGUUUGGCGUCCCGGCGCUCUACCUGAGCCACCGGCCGGUGCUGUCGCUCUACUCCUACGGCCUGGUGACGGGGCUGCUGGUGGACUCCGGCUCCAGUGCCACCCGCGUCUGUCCCGUCUACAGCGGCUACUGCCUGCCCCACGCCAACUACAGCAUGCCACUGGGGGGCGCCGCCGUCUCCGCCUACCUGCGCCGGCUGCUGGGGGAGGCGGGGUCGAGGCCGGGGGGCGGGGCCAGUGAGCGGCGCUCGCUGCUGCGCGAGGUCAAGCGGCAGAGCUGCUACGUGUCGCAGGACUUCGAGCAGGAGCUGCGCCAGGGGUCGGAGGUCACGGAGUACCGGCUGCCCGACAACACCACCGUCGCCCUGGGCAACGAGCGCUUCCGCUGCGCGGAGCUGCUGUUCUGCCCGUCGCUGGAUGGGGCGGCCCAGCCGGGCGUGCACAUCCUGGCCAUGAGCAGCCUGCAGAGCAGCGCCCCCGAGUGGCAGGAGGAGCUGCUGGCCAACGUGGUGGUUUGCGGCGGCUCCUCUCUGCUCGGCGGCUUCCCUGAGCGCCUGCAGGCGGAGCUGGAGAGGCUGGCGCCGCGGGGCUCCCGUGUCCGCGUCCUCUCCAGCUCCCAGCGCCACUUCUCCUCCUGGCUCGGGGGCUCCAUCGUGGCCGGCCUCAGCAGCUUCCAGCCCCUCUGGGUGACCAGCGCAGACUACCAGGAGCAGGGGCCCGCUGUGGUGCAGCGCCGGUUCUACUAG